CUCAAGGCUGAUGCAUUGUGGGUCUCUGAAAUUGAUCCAGUGAAUUGGAGAUGGCGCUGUCUACAGCGUGAGCAGAGUUAGCAGCCAAAGUUUGGAGAACACAGGAAAGUUCGCUGGAGUAGAGGCGUCUAGCGAUUCAACCAAGAGUUUUUCUUCACAUCAAUGCCAGCCGGACAGCGCCGAGCAGGCUGUGGGAGACGCUAUGUAACGCAACAUUUGUUGUCAUGAAUUAAUAGUGUUUCAGGAUUAACUGCGUUUUUUGGGGUACUUUGACUGCAAGGAUUCAUUACCGACGCUUGUGCUGUAGCGCUUUCAGCAGGGUACGUGGGAUUCAGCCGUAUUUAUCACUGUAAGUAAAUGCGAUGCACAACUCAGUGGGUCCGUGUUACACAAUUAGAUGAUCAAGGCGUGUUUGUUUUCGUGAGAAUGAACUACCGAAGGGGACAUCACACAGGAUAUUUAUAAAACAAUGAACGACCCCCGCGACAAGGACUUGACACCGAUUUCUAGGAAGCACCGACUCAUGGCUGCAGUUCUACCGGGGGAAGAGAGUGCAUUGCCCGGGAACGGCUCAAGACUUGACAGAAACGGGAUAGGACUGAUCUACUGUUUUAUUUGCGGAGGUAGUGUUACGACCGGGAAAGAACUGAAAUUGCAAGUGAAGUACCAAAGAGAAAGCGGUCCGUUUUUCCCGUUUCUGCAACACCAGGAGCCAGCCCCUGGGGCUGACGGAGUUUCCCUAGAUGGAUGUGUGCUGGCGUGCGCUGUGUGCCACUGUUUUCUCGGUGAGCAGUGGAACUCAUUCGAGAGAUCCAGGACACCGAUAGAAAAACGCAUGUACUGGUUGAAAAGGCCGUAUCAGUGUGACUCUCGGCGAAUACCCCAAGAAUGGAACAUUUCCUAUGAUCUGGAGCGGAGGAUAAGUGUCAGCAGUCAGAAUUUUGACGCACCUGAAUCCGAUUUUUCGUCCUUUUCCGAAAAUGACAUGUCGGACCAAGAGAUAGAUUCAACUGAAAGACCCGGGACGACCAAGGAAAAGUGUUUUAAAAUAUCCGCAAAUAGCAAAACUUCCAAAGAAGGUACCAGAAAAAGCAACGAUGUGAGUAUAAAAAGCAGUCCCGAUUCUCAGCGGGGAAUCCGGUACACUGUCGGUGGCUAUGUUGCACAAGACGCACAGAAAUCGGAAAGUACUUUGCCGCUUAGGCGUUCUGCUCAAAUUAUGAAUCAUGUGUCUCAAUCCUCGGUGUCUCUGGCUCAGUUCCAGGAGUUCCUGCCACAGCGCUGUUAUGACACUCCUUCUGUCGCGACACCUGUGCAAGACAACGGAAUCAUUAUACGCAACAAGCAGUGGCUACCGGAGGAGAAUGUCAAACAUCCAGACCCGCGCCAGCAUACUGCCGACAGCAGCUGUAACUCCAGGCAUCCUCUGGUUCUGUUACGCAAACGUCAUAAAGCAGCAGAUGUUGCUGGUGCUGCCGCUGCGCUGUCACCGACUGGCGCCCAGGGCGCUUCCGACGCGCGCGUCCCAAAGGAAAGUGACCCCUGCAAGUCAAGUGACGGCGCUAACCACGCCCGCGAUUCGGACUCCGACGACAAUGAAAUAAAUAUAACAAGUGACGACGACAGAGACCCGCCUGAGCUUGGCGGCGGGAGAGAGCGAGCAGUGGCGCUGAUCAGGCAGCAAAGGGAGUCGGGAAGUGUAAUCGCGAAGCCCCAGAGCCGCAGUGCCGUGGAGGAGCGCGUGUGCUACAUCUGUGGGAGCGCGCUGUCCCAGACAAACCAGUUCAGAGUGUAUGUGCAGAAACAAGAGAGGACCGUUAAUGAGCCUUUUUUCCCCUUCCUGUGGCUGCACAGCCCUCCUCCUGGGGCCCUGCCCUUGAGCCCCGGAGGGUGCACCCUGGUCUGUGCCUGCUGCCACUCCUCCCUCAUGCAGCAGUGGCAGGGCUUCGAGCUGGCCAGCGUGCCCGUGCUCCAGCGCCUCUACGUCGUCCCCCUCAACACAGGAGCCGGGGUCCAGCAGUCCCAUCCUCGGGAGAGCCGCAAGCCCGAACCGGAGCCGGAGCCUGAGCCCGCCAGGGAGGCCUGCUUCCUCUGCGGGCAGGACUGCGGCAAGGACGUCAAAGUGGCCUAUGCCAAGGCGGGGCCGGGCAAGGCCCGCGGCGCCAUGCACUUCCCCUUCAUCAACCUCCUCCCCUGCCCGCCCAACGCCAGGGGCGUGAGGAACGGGAAGGUGCACUGCUGCCGGACGUGCCACGGCGUCCUGGACGACAUCUGGGCGGCCUACAGGCUGUGCAUGAGCGAGGAGCUCAUCACCUCCGUCAACACCUUCCUGGCCCGGUACCACCAGGCCGUGGGCGGCGGGGGGUCGGCCUAUCAGAGCGGCUGCCUGAGCCUGCCCUCCGCCCACUCGGGCCACACCUCCGUGUGCUACCUGUGCGGGGCCGAGCUGGGCGCCGGCGUGGAGUUCCAGCUGAACGUCAACCCCCCCGGCCGCUGCGGCGAGGGGGAGCCCUUCUUCCCCUUCCUGACCGUGCACCCGCCGGCCCCGCGGGCCAAGCCGGCCGACUCCACGGGCCUGGUGUCCACCUGCGUGCUGUGCUACCACGACCUGCUGGGCCAGUGGGCCCAGCACGAGAGCCGGGGCGGCCAGCCGGCCAGCAGCCCCUGGGCCCGGCAGUACAGCUGCGACACCUUCGUCUGCUUCUUCUGCCGCCAGGAGAAGCGGCGCUGCCUGGGCCUGAAGAUGGUGCACGUGGCCCGGCUGCCCGUCUUCCUCUACGCGCCCAGGGUCAGCCACACUCUGGUGGUGGAUGACGGGAAGAAGCUGACCAUCGCGUCCUGUGUGGAAUGUAAAGCCAUGGUCCUGGCCGGGCAGAACAUGAAGCAGAACCACCUGAAGGACGGCAACCCCUCCCCCAGCAAACACAGGAGUUCCUCGUCGUUGGCGGAGGUGGCGGCUGGGAGCAGUAAAGCCGGGGAGCCGGGCCUGCACGCCGCAGCGGUGGGAGAAGCCUCUGAAGGAGGCGCAGCGCGGGAGCAGGGAGUCAGCGUCACCCCUUCUCUCCCCUCCGCCCCGGAGCCGGACGGCGUGGGCCGCCCGCCUUCCAGCAUGAGCCAUGAGGCAAAGUCACCUUCCCUAGGCAUGAUCUCCACAGCCAGUCGGACCACCGCCACGGUCAGCCCCCUCACGCCGUCGCCCCUCAACGGCUCCAUCGUGCCCAAUGGCAGCCCGGCCGCCAACAGCAGCCUGCCAGUCCAGUCCGCCCACUCGGGCUUCGCCGCCGCCCUGCGCAAGCUCGCCAAACAGGCCGAGGAGCCCCGAGGGUCGUCCAUAAGCAGUGAGUCUUCUCCGGUCUCGUCCCCGGCCACCAAUCACAGCUCCCCCGUCAGCACGCCCAAGCGGGGCCCCAUGGGCCCCAUCAUCGUGCCGCCCGGGGGCCACAGCGUGCCAAGCACCCCGCCCGUCGUCACCAUCGCCCCCACCAAGACCGUCAACGGGCUGUGGAGGAGCGACAGCCGACAGGCUGAAUCUGGCCCUCGCGGGGCCAGCCGGGACCGUCUGGGCGCCGAGCCCGCCCUGCCCCAGGAGAAGGGGGGCCCCCCAGUGCCCGGGCACCUCAUCGGUAAUCCCUACGCCUUCGGCCUGACCCCCGGCUCGGUGAUGCAGGACUCCCGCUUCCAGCCUCUCAACCUGCCUCGACAGAUGGCUCACGUGGUGCCCCCUGCUGGUGUCCCUGAGGAGUACCUGCGCAGUUUCAGGCCCUAUGCCACAGCGGAAGACCUGCGCAUGCCGUCGCUGCCCCUGGGCCUGGACCCUGCAGCUGCUGCGGCCGCCGCGGCCUACUACCACCCGGGCUACCUGCCCCACCCCUCCUUCCCCGCCUACAGGAUGGACGACUCCUUCUGCCUGUCUGCCCUGAGGUCGCCCUUCUACCCGCUGCCCACGGGCGCUCUCCCGCCCCUGCACCCCUCCGCCGUGCACAUGCACCUGCCCGGCGUGCGCUACCCGGGAGACCUGUCCCACUCCUCCCUGUCCGAGAGGCUUCAGAUGGAGGACGAGCUCCGGCAGCGAGAGAGGGAGCGCGAGAGGGAGCGGGAGCGAGAGAGGGAGCGGGAGAAGGAGAGGGAGCGCGAGGCCGAGCGGGAGAAGGAGCGCGAGAGGGAGAGGGAGCGCGAGCGGGAGAGGGAGAAGGAGCUGGAGCGCGAGCGCGAGAGGGAGCGGGAGAAGGAGCGGGAGCGGGAGCGCGAGGCGGAGCGGCAGAAGGAGCGCGCCCGGGAGAAGGAGCUGCAGGCCUCCAAGGCCAUGGAGAGCCACUACCUGGCCGAGCUGCAGGCGCUGAGGAGCCAGGCGGAGGAGCGCGCCAAGCCCGGGGAGCGGCUGACGCCCAACAGACCCGACAAAACCAAAGAGCCCGCCCUCCCAGCGCCGAAGCCCAUCCAGCCCGGCCUGCACCCGUCCAUGAACGCGGCCCACCACGGCGUGCCGGGCCUCAUCUCCGCCCACGCGGCGUACCUGGGGCCGGGCGGCCCGGUGCCGGGCCCUCUGGCGGCGGCCAUGAUGCUGCAGCGCACCAACGAGGAGGAGCGCUGGCUGGCUCGGCAGAGGAAGCUGCGCCAGGAGAAGGAGGACCGGCAGUACCAGGUGUCUGAGUUCCGCCAGCAGGUUCUGGAGCAGCACCUGGACCUGGGGCGGCCCGGGGAAGGGGCCGACCCGCGGACUGAGGCGCACAGGCUGAUUUCGAACCACCACGAAUCGGGCGGCCGAGACAUCCUGCCGCACCUGGGAGCCCCGCCCCCUCUCAUCUCGCCCAAGCCCCAGCACCGGGACCACCUCCCGCCGCCGCCCACCACGCUGUGGAACCCCGCCUCCCUCAUCGACACCGCGUCCGAUUCGCGGCGCGGCCACGAGCCGCCGGGCCCCACCCACUUCGACCUGAGCCGGGCGGGCCUGGCCCUGGGCAAGCCCGAGCGCCACUUUGCCCCCGACAAGCUGGAGGAGGGGGGCAAGAGGAAGGAGGGCCCUGAAAAGUACCCCUCCCUCAGGCCCUCCGGCUUCCUGGAGCCCAGCACUUUCCUGGCCGAGCUGGAGAAGUCCACGCAGUCCAUUCUCAGCCAGCAGAGGGCGUCGCUGUCCCUGCCCAGCCAGUACGGAGACCUGGGCGGCGCCCCCCACAAGGUCAGCCUGCCCUACAGGGGCCUGGCGGGCCCCGUGCGAGGGGGCCCCGACCCCGCCCUGGUGUACGACGAGUUCCUGCAGCAGCACCGGCGGCUGGUCAGCAAGCUGGACCUGGAGGAGAAGAGGAGGAGGGAGGCGCGGGAGAAAGGCUACUACUACGACCUGGACGACUCGUACGACGAGAGCGACGAGGAGGAGGUGCGGGCCCACCUGCGGCGCGUGGCCGAGCAGCCCCCCCUCAAGCUGGACGACUCCUCGGAGAAGGUGGACUUCCUGCGCACGUUCGGACUGACCACCCGCGCCCAGCGGGACGAGCUGCUGCAGCAGAAGAGGAGGAAGAGGAGGAGGAUGCUGAGGGAGCGCAGCCCCUCCCCCCCGGCCGUGCAGAGCAAGCGGCAGACCCCGCCCCCGCCGCCGCUCAGCACCCGCUACACGGCGGAGCAGAUGAACAGCGCCCCCGAGCUGGAGGACAAGAAGCGCUUCCUCACCAUGUUCAGCCUGUCCCACGUGGACAUCCAGCAGAGGAAGGACAAUGAGAAAGUGGUAGAGCUGCUGCAGGCGAUCAAACAGAAGAGUGUGACUCUGGACUCCAUCAGACACGCCCCUCAGCCCCUCUGUAAGAGUCCCUCUGCCCCGCUCUCUGCAGACCCCGCGCCGGGGCCCGCGUGUGUCGACUCGGACCGGCCGCCCGCCGCCCGGCCGCCCAGCCCCGCCCCCUCCGAGCCCCCGCGGCCCGCCGAGCCGUCGGCCCGCCCGGAGCAGCCCGCGCCCCCCGCCACCGAAACGCAGAGACCAAAGGACCCCCCGCUGGCCCCGUUCCCCGAGAAGGCCCGGCCGAGCGAGGGCCACCCCGCCAAGAGGAGCCCCAGCCUGCUGAACAGCAUGCGGCCCCCGCCCACCCCGAAGGACGGCCCCCACAGCCUCAACGGCAAGACCAAGCCCUGGGAGAGCUUCACCGCUGAGGAGUUCGCCCAGCAGUUCCACGAGUCUGUGCUGCAGUCCACCCAGAAGGCCCUGCAGAAGCACAAAGGCGUUACCACGGGGAUGACGGAGCCCAAUCACAAGCUUGACUCCUCGGUGCACUACAACAUUCCGGAGCUGCAGGGGCCGGCCAGCAGACCCGCCCAGCCCAACGGGCAGCACUGCCCCCCGCCGCCCCACCGGGACCCCCACCGGGACCCCCCCGGGGCCCGCCACGAGCUGUCGGCCGAGGAGGACUCCGACGAGGAGGACGAGGACGAGGAAGACGAGGCCCCCGCUCCCAGGUGGCGCGGGAUCGAAGGCGUCUUCGAGGCCUACCAGGAGUACAUGGACGAGCAAAGCAUAGAGCGUCAGGUGCUGCAGAGCCAGUGCAGGAGACUGGAGGCGCAUCACUUCAACCUGAGCCUGACCGCCGAGCAGCUUUCUCACAACAUGGGGGAGCUGAUGGCCCAGAAGCAGAAGCUGGCGUCGGAGCGGGAGAAGCUGCAGGCCGAGCUGGACCACUUCCGAAAGUGCCUCGCUCUGCCCCAGCUGCACUGGUCGCGCGGCUACUUCAAGGGCUACCCCCCGAGGUGACGUCCCUGAAGCGCCCCCCCUCACCGCCCUGCCCCGCCCCCCAGCCCAAGCCCCGCCCCCAACGUAGCAGACAGAGUCUAUUUUGUUACCUGGCUUAUUUAAGAAAAGGACAAAAAAAAAUAUGUUUGGAGACGAGGACGGAAGGAAGCUGCAGCCAGCCCAGGAUGUGCCAUGGGUGGGGCGGGUCGUAUGGGGGGGUGGGGGGGGGGGGCGGGCGGACACAGGACUGCGUGGGCAGCACACGCUCUUGGCCCCCGAGCUCGUGGACGAUUCCUGCCACGCCAAACCAGCCCAACCCCCCCCACCCCACCCACCCUCGUCUGAACCGCCGCAAGCUUCGGCCACGGAAGCGGUUCGAUUCCACGCGAAGACGACCCUAAAUUUGGGACGAGGAGCAUCGCGUUGUGACAGCUUCUGGCCCAGUGCCAGCAGCAGAUGUUUCCGGUCCAGUGCUUCUGCGCAGCUGGUGCGGGCGGCUCUCUCCGAUCCAUUACUGCCCUCUCGCUCAAAUGGGCUUUCAACUGGAAAUGCACUUAAAAAAAGGAAGAAAAAAAACAAAAAAAAAAACAAUAAGAACUACCUUGAGGUACUGUGUCACAAGAAACUUUUUUUUUUUUUUAAAUUAGGGAAGAACUUACAAAUGCACAUUUUGGAAAGAUUAAAGGAAAUGUUUUAUUAAAAAAAAGAUAGAAAUUUUGAAAAUGAAAUUUAAAAAGGUGCUUCAGCCUUGUAAUGUAUAUAAUAUUAAAAAAGAAUUUUGUAUGUUUUUAUUACUUUAAUCAUUGUUAUUAAAAAAAAGCCUGCCAUUUUUAAUAUGUUAAUGCUUUUGGCAAAAAAAAUCCCUUGCUUUUAGUGUUUGUACUGCUGCUGGUCAGGAUUUAAACAAAAAGUUUUGAAAUGUUUAAAGAAAAAAAAAAAGAAACAGAAAAAAAAAAUAGAUUGCUUUCAACUGGUGCAUGAGCUCCUUCCUUCUGUGCUGUGGUUGCACCAGUCUGAGAUUCCACAGAGAAACCGGCAUCGACAGCCUUCACUCCCCCCUCACGCGUCUGUGAAGGACUCCAAAACCGAGAAGCCAGACCCAGGCUCCAGCUCUCCACUGCCCACUGUGAAGAAAACACCACCCUCUCCGUGCCCAGACUCUCCAUCCAGGCUGCGAUUGGCCGUGCUCCCCACCAAUCACUAGUCUCGAGUGCAGAACCCAUGUUAUUUCUUUGUUCUAACUGUAAUGGUCACUUCUCUUGUGUGUCGGUGUAACGAGUCUACGUCAUGGAGAAAAACCGAAUUGUACAGCGUGCGUGGUCGCUAUCAAAAGAAUAUUUGGGAUGUGUGGGAUGCCUUGAACGCUUUAGUUUAUAUUGAGCAGUGAGCAGUAGAUAGCCGUGCAUUUCAUGUCCACUUUGCAGAGUUGACAUUGGGACUUCAAAGGGAAGCAUUUGUCACAUGAACUUAACAUUGAAAGGAAUAGAGUCAGAAUGGUUUGCAGUAAGCGCUGGGCUGCUGCUUUGCUUCACUAAGGCCUGGCUGGUGAUAUUAUUAUGUGCCCUGACGUGGGGGAGACCAGCUUACGAGGAAAGCUUACUUCUCUCUCCCAGGGUGGGUACACAGAUCCGCACCGUAACUGAUGAGCGUGGAAGGCUACAGCGGCUGUGCCUAUCGAGACAAUCCCUCCGAUCCUAGAGGGCAAGCUCUGUGAAACACCUUUAAAAGAAGUCCAGAUUCUGGCAUUCUGCUCUCUGAACUCCAGAGCUGGAACUGUGAAGGGGGGGGGGGGUGGCGUUCUCUCCCUUCCGACACUUCACCGGCAGCUACGAGGAGGGCAGGGACGGGCUGGUCUGUGGUUCCACUGCCUUAAAGGGCACAGCUUGCAUUUUAAUGCUCUAAACUGACACAGAGAGCGUAAUCGCCACCCUACACCCCACCCCCACACACGCUCUCACACACAUCAGAUGUCCCGCGGACUGUAACUGUCAGCAGGCCCCUCCGCUUCUCUCCACCAUUUUGUGCCAAAAUUAUCCACAGUUUGAAUCCAGCCCAGUGACAGUAAUUUGCCACAAUUUUUUUUAAACCAUUUUUUUUCCCUUUCCUUUUUCAGUUGGGAGUAUACAGGCUGAUAAACACAAGCAUAGGGGAGAGGGUAGUGUGAAAAUGUAAGAAAAUCACAUUUAAAAUGUUCCCCUGAAAUCCGUUUUUAUGGGUUAUGUCCUCUCCUUUUGAAACCAAGUCUGCGCUUUUCUGCCAAUAAUAGUCUUACAAUUGGAAGGCCAUGCAGUUCACAAUUUCCCCACUGGGGGGCACUCUGACCAAAUAUACUGUAUAUGUUUUUAGGAGUGGUUAUUUGCCAAGCUUUUUAUCCUAAUUUUACUCUCACGACUAAUUUGAAACAUGAAACUGAGAUAAACCAACAAAGUUAUUUUGGAAAUUAUUUGCCCUCUAAUAUAAAGCUCCUUUGAAAACUAGCAUUAAGUGCUGUGUUCUAGACAGUUGGUGUUCUAGACUAUAAUAGUAGAUUCAUUUUGAGACUAUUUAUUUAGAAAAUAUAUUUUUUAUACUUUGAAAGCAAUGUUUUGCAUAAGCCACUAAAUUUAUUAGUCACUCAAAAUAAUUUUUUUCUAUCCAAAUUUAUCUGGAUGGAAAUAAGGCCAACGAACCUUAUUACAUGCGAACAGAAUUUAAUUAAGCAGAUCAUUUCACUCUUCCAUAGACAGGGCAGGCGCCACAAAGGGGUCUAUGUGCCACAUUUACCUGUCGAACAAUUUCACAUCACAUGCUUCCAUCAACAGACAACUUGUACCAUGAGUGUUUGACAUGUGAGAUUACUUCAACGUCAGUUAGUUAGCUGCCAUUUCGGUCUUCAUUUUGAAUUUAUUCAAUUGCGAGUUUUCUUGAAAACGGCCAAGUCCUUUCCUGUAAAAAUGUCAGCCUUUUUUUGUUUUUGUUUUGUUUUGUUUUUCUGGCCCACAUUGCUGUGCUGUGUAAUGUCUCUGUAAUACAUUCUGCUUUGUAAGAACCACUGUGAACACAAAUGGAAAAUCAUGCAAUGCCUUUUACAAUCCUGUCAGAUUUUCGAACGGAGCGUUCGGUAUUUAGCGAGGUGGAAGACCGAUCCUUAUUAAUAUUGUUCCGGUUGAACAGAACCGGUCGCUUUCUGUUGUACAACACGCGAAAGAUCAGCGAAGCGCGCGGACGUGUCAGUCCAGAGGCAGUACAGUGUUUAUAUGUCCAGCGCUUUGAUGACUGAUUUUAACAUUUUUUUGAAGGCAUCGUUUCAGCACCCCCACCCCCCCAUCCCCCAUACCAGCUUAUGUACUAGAGGAAGAAAUGCUACCACCCCCCCCCCCCCAACACACACACAAAAACACCUGUCCCCUUAUUCAAUGGAGGAUGUUUAGACGCUGUGAAAUCAUGUUUUUAAUUGUACUUGUUUGAAUUAAUUGUAAUGUAAUAUAUUCUUUGUUGAAUGUAGUAAUUAGGUAUUUAUGAAUAUAUUGCUGUAAUUUCAGACAAAAAAGAAAAUAAAAUAUGGCAAAAUGUAAA